AGGAGUUUUCACAGUAAGAGGAGGACAAGUAUUUGAAGUAGAGAGGAGGACGAUACAUGUAGAUCGUGUUCGGACAGGAGACAGAUGGAUGUCCUCCGCCCUCAUAUUAUUGAUCUUGGUGGUCGCUACUACAGGUGCUCCCCCGCAUCUGUUGGACAGGCAUCAGACUCCGACGCUGGACAACUUCCAGCUUAUGUGGAAGAUGUACAUGACGAGGACUACGAAGACAACGAAGAGUGUAUCGCGAUUCAAGAACUACCUGAUGGACGAUACUCUAGCUCGCUUACCUUCCCCAGUGCCCUUUUCAGCCACUUCAUCGGCAGGGGAGGCGAUGUGAAGCGGCGCAACGAGAAGGAAACCAACACCUCCAUUGACAUCCCGAAGAAAGGUGUUGAGGGUGAUAUUGUGAUCCGUGGCCAUAGUCGACAUGAUGUUGCGUCAGCCUGUGGCCGCCUGCACGUGUUGGCCGUCAAGGGUCGGCGGCUAGCAGAGUGGACACACUUGUUGUGCAUACCGCUCAAGGGCGUCGUUACCGUUGUGGAGAACUUCGACACCUUCAGGAAGGCUUUCCUCCAGUCGUCUGGCAAGAUGCGUGGCGUGGACCCGAGUAUCUUUCAGAACCCGCUCAAGCUCCACUUGACCCUCGGCACUCUGAAGCUUCUAUCACAGGCUGAAGUUGAUGAAGCAGUUCAUCAGCUGCAGGAAUCUUUACCCACGAUGCAGGCUAUUCUCGGCCGUCCCUCUGCUCGCUCACCGCCUGUAAUACGCAUCCAGGGCGUUGAGUAUAUGAACGAUGACCCGGCGGAAGUGGACAUUCUCUAUGCUAAAGUGCAGCUGCAGGACCAGUCUGAUCGUCUUCAGGAGUUGGCCGACUUCUUGGUGGAUCGUCUUGCCGCUGUUGGUGUGCUGGAGAAGGAGUACGACCGUGUCAAGCUGCAUGCCACUGUUAUCAAUACCAAGCUGAGGAGAACACCUGAGACACCGGCUGGUGGCAGUGUUGCUGCCGCCGCUGCUGCUUCGUCUAAGUCACGCCCUGGCAAACACCAUCGUCACGAGCCACGUGAAACAUUCGAUGCCAGUCGUGCUUUGAAGGACUUCUCCAACUUUGAUUUCGGCUCGGUCCCGCUGACCGAACUGCACCUGUCCCAACGCUACACGGCCGGCGAUGACCAAUUCUACAAACCGUCUCAUAUCCUGAAUUUAUUGUAGACCGGCUGAAUUCUUUGCUGUUUUGAUCAUGAUGACGACUGCUUCAGUUAUAGAAAAAUAUUGGAAAUGUGUGUAUUAUUUCAACUUAUUUGACCCCCUUUUCUCCUUGCAAUCGGCAGGCCGAAUACUUCAACCCUGGUGUGUGACAUAGUAACUGGUUACAUUCAAGUCUACUGAAGCCAGAGUCCAUACCAAAUUAA